AUGGCUGGAGCGGGUUGGAUCUGCAAAAAUGAACAUGGCAGAGUGAUUAUGGCUAUGGCAACACCGAUUGGCAAAACGACAACAAUCGUGGCCGAGACAUGGGCAUUACUCCUAGCUGUGAGGAUGGCAGCCCUCAAAGAAUGGAACACCAUCCAAUUCGAAACGGACUCAACGGCGCUGUUAACACUUGUCUCGAAGGACCCCUCUGAGGCACCUUGGAUAAUACGAACUUUGUUACAAGAAAUACAACAACAUCUCCGUUUAAUACAGCCUUAUGUGAUAACACACUCGUAUAGGGAAGCGAAUCAAGCGGCGGAUGGACUUGCAGACUUUACAGCGAAAAACAAUUACAACACGGGAUUGGAAUCAUCGACAGAACAUCAACCCACAUAUGAGAGCACACUACCCCUGAUUUCCUUAAUGUAA